UCGUUGGUCACCGACGAACAGCCCUUAGCCACGGAUCAGACCGGAGAUAAUGACAUGAAUGGUUACGAAACAAUCGGCGGCGAAGUGCUAGUGAAGAGCAACGACAUCGUCAACGGUAUUAUCGACGCGUUGCGAAUCCGUUGCGAGCGCUCUGGCGACGGAGCUGAAGAGAGAGAGCGCAAUGAGUGGCGCGAAAAGUGCGGUUCAAUUGAAAGCAAUUACAAGCAAAUGAAGGGGUCGGCCAUCAAGUUGUCCAAGAAGUGCAAGACAUUGGCCGCACAACUAGCGGACAGUCAACAGAUCCAGGCGUUCAACGAGAUUCAGCUCGAGUGCCAGAAACGCAUCAAUUUGUUUGGCGCUGGCGGUCAGGCGCCCGAUCCGAGCCAAUCAACUGCCGAUGAUUAUAAUGGUUUAGUGGAUGAUAAUAGCGGUGAUGAGUGGACACCUGGCCUAACGGUGCCGAUCGCCAGUUGUGUGAUGUAUGGCACGGCUGUGGCCACCAGUGGUAGCGUUGAGUUUGGCGCCGAUUGUAUUACGCUAUUAGACAUUAUACCCAACAAUAAUCUACCCUGGAUCAAAUACUACAUCGCGCUGCCAUACGUUGAAAUACAACGUCUAUACCUGUCCGCCGAUCCGGCGCUACCAUUGGUGUGCAUUAAACCAGUGGACAAUUCUGGGGUAAAAAUCAAAGAGCAUUUUAAUAUAAUCGCUAGCGAUUCAGAGACGACUGAACAGAAUAUUUUGCUGGUAUUGAAGGCCAGAAUCGACGACACGUUUGCCAACCGGUUAUAUAAGUGGUGUAAACGCUUGAAAGUCUCGUGUGUUUGCAACAAAAUUGACUACCGGAGCGGCUCGACCUCAAGCACACCCACCACUGAUCGGCAGCCAUACCAAGAGAUGUGUAAAUGUUUUAGACGAUGUUUUUGCUGCUGUGGCGGCGGUCAAGACUCCGACGACGAGGCCGAGUGUCAGCCCCUGGAGCCGGCAAAUGGCAAUCAUUUAAAUGGUGGUAAUUAUGGUGAUGGCAAUGGUAACGGUGGCGGUGAUCAGUGGGCACCGAACUUAUCGGUAUUGUUGGGUCGUUGUGUGAUAUUUGGCACACGUAUGGCCACCGGUGGUCGGGUCGAGUUCGACGAGCAUUGCAUUACUUUAAGCAACAUAUCCGACACAUCACCAGAUUCUCUCACCAAUACAUUUGGUUUGCGAUACGAGAUGAUACAGGAGCUGGUGGUGACCGCCGACUCGGCGAUGCCAAUGGUCCGCAUCAGACCCACAGACGCCUGUGCGGCCAGAAUCCGACAGCAUUUGGCUAGAGCAAAUGUGAUGAACGGCCAGAAUAUUCUGUUGAUGUUAACGUCCGACCGCAGAGUCGACGAGACGUUUGCCAACCGCUUAGAUAACUGGUGGAGACGUUUGCGGGCAAAUCGUGUCCAUUAA